AUGGUAAUCAGACCUCAUGACACUGGACUAAGACCCAUGCCUAGGAGAGUGAAUCAGUAUACAUGUGGGCAAUCCACGGAUAGCACCAGCGUGGGAGAUGGCCUAUAGGAGCCAGAGAUGUCAGAAGUGAUGCUUGAGCUGCUCUGGGCUGGGCUGGAGCUGCACAUCCAGGAUGAGGAACACUAGUUCACACACCCAGGCUGCCAACUCAGGCUCCUCCUGCAGCACCAUGUGCCCGGUAACUUGGAAGGCACUAAGCGGCUGCAGCAGUUCUAAGACCUGUGGAAGGGGCCUCCUCCCAGCCCUGGGGACUUUGAACAUCUGCUCCUCAAGAGCCUGUCCUGAUUCUAUCUGCUCCAUGGGGCCACUGAGGCUGAGGAAAGGGAUUGCUGGGCCCUGGUCUCUGCCCUCCUGGCACAGUAAACACUCUGGGACCUGUGUAAGGGCUUCUGCCUUCAGGGUCAGCCCCCUUCGCUGGGGCCCUGGGUCUCUAUCCUUGACUGA